CUUUUUUUUUGUCUAAAAUAGGCCACCAAGGCACAUAUAAAACUCAAUACUAAGAAGCUUUAUCAAGCAGAUGGGUAUGCAGUGAAAGAACUACUGAAGAUCACAUCUGUCCUUUACAAUGCUAUGAAGACCAAAGGGAUGGAGGGCUCUAAGAUUGGAGAGGAAGAUAUCAGCAAAUUCAAGUUUGAUCUCGGCUCAAAGAUCGCAGAUUUGAAAGCAGCCAGGCAGCUUGCAUCUGAAAUCACCUCCAAAGGAGCAUCUCUGUAUGAUUUGCUGGGCAAGGAGGUGGAGUUGAGGGAAAUGAGAACAGAAGCUAUUGGCAGACCUCUGGAAAUAAAUGAGACUGAAAAAGUGAUGAGAGUUGCAAUCAAAGAGAUUUUGGCACAGGUUCAGAAGACUAAAGACCUGCUCAAUAACGUGGCCUCCGAUGAAGCUAAUUUAGAAGCCAAAAUUGAAAAGAGAAAAUUAGAAUUGGAAAGAAACCGGAAGCGACUGCAGACUCUGCAGAGUGUCAGGCCAGCCUUUAUGGAUGAGUAUGAGAAGAUUGAAGAAGAAUUGCAGAAGCAGUAUGACAUUUAUCUAGAGAAAUUUCGAAAUUUGACUUACCUGGAACAACAACUUGAGGACCAUCACAGGAUGGAGCAGGAGAGGUUUGAGGAAGCUGAAAAUACUCUCCGUCUGAUGCAGAACAAACUAAAGGAAGAAGAAAAGCGACUACUCAAGAGUGGAAGUAACGAUGGCUCAGACAUAGACAUCCAGGAGGAUGAUGAAUCCGACAGUGAAUUGGAAGAGAGGCGACUGUCCAAGCCACGGACAGCCAUGGAAGUACUCAUGCAAGGGAGACCCGGCAAACGAGUCAUGGGCACAAUGCAAGGUGGAGACUCCGAUGAUGAUAUGGAAGCAGCACCAGCUCUCUUAGGUAAAUGCAAGACUUCCAGCUCCAAGAAGCAGGAUGACUCAGAGGACAGUGAAAUUGACAUGGAAGAUGAUGAGGAAGACGAUGAUGAUUUAGAAGAUGAGAGCAUUGUGCUCUCACCAGCUAAGCCCAGUCGAAGGGUCCGGAAACCCGAACCCCUGGAUGAGAGUGACAAUGACUUCUGACCCUCUUGCCAAGGGAACUGUGCUGAUUAAAACCCUCAGAUCUGUAGGUAAAUGGGAAAAAAGAAGGUUAGGAAGGUAACAUAUAUUUUGUUCACUUAGCCAGAUGAACUCAUUGUUACUGAAGCAGUAUUUAUUUCUGCUUUGGCCUCCUAUGUUUGUUUCCCAUGAAACUUAAGAACUGAAGCAUACACCUAAGAUGUGUUUUGUUUGUUUGUUUGCCUUGUUUAUCUCCUAAAACUUGGGAAAUGCUUGUGUUCUUAGUGAUUUGCAUACAUGGGACUAAAACUUGAGAAGAAAUGAGAACUGACACCAUGUAAGUCUUGGGCCAUUUUUGUGGUGAUACGUUUCCUCUGAGAGUGGAGCAAACCUGGGGCUGGAAUAUGGCACAGGACUCAGUUUGGGGUUGUGGGGGAACACCUGGCUGUUAGUUACCCGCACAGUUUAGAACAUUCACUGUACAUCAGCUUUUAAUUCUGGCCUUUAUUUCACUUUAUAGUCUUAUUUUCUUUCUUCUGUUUGUCUACAAUACCAAGCAUUAAAUGUAUUUUAAUAACUAAAAUUUGCUGAAAGAAAGUUAGCUAAGUUAAAUGAAAGCCAGCUUUCCUUGAAAAAUGAGGCAGUAGAGAGAAGCUCUGGAUUGUGAAUAUGCCAUUUUUUCUCAGAAGACUGACAUUCCACUGGGAGUCAGAUCCACUUUGAUUGAAGCCACCUUCAUGUUUGCAUGGCUUGUGCUGAAUUUGGAAACUCUGCUGACCCAGUUACCCCUCCAGAGAUUCCAGACUUCUGGGCAGUGACAGCCGGGACAGUCCUUCCCACCAGCUGUCCUUUCUCUAAAGGAGCUUUGUCUUGUCUAAGGUGUGGUAAGACAUUAGUCCCCAACACAGGAUUGAAGAUUGGUUUCCUUAGAGGAAGGAGCCGAUUAAGGAAAACAAUGUUAGUACAGAUUCACACUUCUGAUUUAAAAAAUAAACCAGAAUUGAGUUAUGUAGCAUAGCACUAGAAGAAUUUCCCUUCUGUGAAAUGAGGAGUGACGGGUGGAGUUGGUUUUCUUUAAUGUUAAAAGUAUGCAGCUGUUUUCAUUUAUUUUACAAUUAAAGUCAGAAGACUUCUGAAGUAACUUAUCUUUUAAUAAAUGCAUUUAGUACCAUAUUUUUAUAUUAAAUAAGUUUUACUUGAAAACGUAA